AUGGAUAGGAUAAGUCUGUUGCCUGAUGAGCUGCUCUUGAGAAUAUUGUCGCUACUGCCUACUACGAAAGAUGCUGUGGCCACUAUGGUUUUGUCUCAACGAUGGCUGCCUCUUUGGAAGUUAAUGCGAAAACUCGUCUACGACGAUAGCUAUCAAAACAUUGAGUAUGGAAAGUUUUCUCGCUUUGUGGACAGGUCUUUGAUUCUUCACGAGGCACCAGUAGACACUUUGCAUUUCAAACUUGUUAAAAACUCAGUGCUGCUGAUGUUGUACAACUCCAGUCACGCUUCCAAGGAGCUUAUACACAGGGUGUGCACCCUUGUGACCUUGAAACUAAAGAGUGUGACUCUUGUGGAUGUUUCUUCCUUGCCUUCUUUCCCGACCCUCAAAAAGUUGUGGCUUUUAUUCGUCAAGUACCCUGGUGAUGAGUUUGUCAAGAGGCUUUUGUCCAAUUGUCAUGUUCUUCAAGAUAUGAUAGUGGUACGAGUUCACAAUGACAAUGUCACCGUUUUUACCGUUGUAGUGUCUUCUCUGAAGACUCUCAGAUUAGGUAGAAUGUCACGCAACGUGAAAGAAGGUGUCGUGAUAGAUGCUCCUCUACUAGAGAUCCUUGAUAUUUAUGAUGAUAUGGGUGGGUUUUGUGUCAUUGAGAAUGAUAUGCCUAAAAUUGUGAAGGCCGGUUUUUAUGUCACUUACAGUCAGCCGGGGAAGAUGAUGAGUUGUAUUACGUCAGUCAAGUGUCUCACUUUAUGUUUAUCAACUUCAAAGGAGGUGUAUCCUGUUGGGGCUGUCUUCCACAAUCUUCUAAAUUUAAACCUAUGCACAUGUCAGACAGAGUGGUUGAGUCUACUUCUGUGUAUGCUCAGAGGUUGCCCUAAUUUACAAUCUCUAAGACUCUUCAAGAUCCAGUCCCAUAAACUUCCGGCUGCCAAGCCACGUCCUUGUUUGAAGGGACCAACUUCGGUCCCUGGGUGUUUGUCAUCGAGUCUUAAAACUCUGAUAUGGGUAGCCUAUGAAGGAAGAGAAGAAGAGAAACAAGUGGCAGCUUUGAUCUUAAGAAGCGGAAGCUGUUUAAAGAAGGUAACCAUCUUCUCCAAAGCUACAAACCCUAACAGGAAACUUGAGAUGCUCAAGGAAUUGUCAUCCAUACCCAUGCGCUCACCUACCGCUACAUGUUCGCUCAUAUUCUACUGA